AUGCUAUUUUAUGCGGAGGAGGGCCGGGAAGACACCAAGCAACUGGCGAGCUCCCAGAGGCCACCGGGGGAGCCCAGAGCCGGUGGUCCCACAGGCUCAGCAGCCCUUCCAGGCAGAGCAGCGUGCGUGGGCGGGAGUUGCUGCAAGAGGCUCGACCCAGAGCACUACCCGGAUCCCGACAUCCCGAAGGACUCCGACUGGAACCUCAGGAGUCCGAGGCAGAUCCAUGACACCCCAGCUGUUAAAUGUCUGAGACGGGGUUCAGCUCUGACGCUUCCUCGCUGUGCCCUGCCCUGCCCUUCCGGCUCUUCUGCCUGCCUGUCUCUUCUGGGCCAGCACUAUUCCAUCACCAUCACCCCGCCUCCACCCCACUUGUUCAGCUAUUCCCCAACUGAGGAGCAGCCCUCGAGGGCCACCACCUCUGUAGCUCUUAGAACGAAUACUAAGACAGAAGGCCUCAAGGUCCUGGCUGCCUCGCUGGUAUUCUCAGGGCUGCUCUCCCUGGUCCUGAGUUGGCCCCUGGCCCGGGAUGCAGAGCAGCUCUGCCCGAAGCUGGAUUUGGAGGUGACGGUGAGGAGGUCCGAAUCUGAGAUCUUAAAUGAUGGGCCUCUGACCCUGACCUGCAGGGGCUGCAGCCCAUUUCCCCACUCCAGCAUUAUGUACUGGCUGGGCAACCAUUCCUUCAUAGAAGACCUGCCUGGAGCCCUCCAUGAGAGCCAGACACGGAGGCAGCGAGAAAGCCAAGUGACCUGGCUCCAGCGUGACCUAGUGCUGGAGGAGCUGAGCCCCGAGCUCACUGCCGCCACCAACUUCUCCUGUGUCCUAGUGGACCCAGCCCAGCUCACUCAGCGCCACAUACUCUUGGCCCAGCUCCAGCAGGAGCCUGGGCCAAGAACACUCCAAACCCUGUCAGUCAGUCACCAGCUGGGGAAUCACAGUGCAGUCCCAUCUCCCACAACCUCUGGGCAUGGGGAAGAAGCCAGCCAGACCUCUCCCUGGACAGCAGGCUAAGCCUGACUGAGCAAGACAGCAAGAAGGGGAGCAGGAGCCCCUCCAAUAAAGCAUUACCCCAA